UUUGUAAGUUGAAGACGCGUUUUCGUGGUCGUUUAAAAAAUCGCGAGUCCACGCGACGCUGAGCCCUGCGAAAUAAAAAUUUUCCCCUCAUGCCCAAUGCCCUGCUAGCUCCAGCAGAUGUGCAUGGCCUCACCUAUCGAGGAUUUAUAGAGAUUAAUAAUGAAGAACACUAUAUUGAAAUACAGCAAGUGUCGCCGUCAACUUUGACAGGCGCGAAGCUCUAUGGCAGUCCAAAGUUGAGACGAUUACUCCACACGCAUAAUAAGACAAUACUACAGCAAAUGAGCCAUGCCUCUAACAUACGAAUGUUCCUAAGUGAUCUGACGAAUUUACUGGAGAGAAAAUCCCAAAACGCGGAAGCCCAGGAACAAGAAGUUUCGAAAAAAGUCGCAACCAUGUCCACAAAACAAUAUGAAAUACUCCUCAGUCAACUGAAUACUAUUGGAAUGGAAAAUGUAGUCUACAUGGACCCAGGCUUGAAGUCCUUCCACCUAUCAAUACGGGAUUCAUCUGGUCGACAGCAUAUUGUUUAUAUCGAUCUUCCUGAAGGCAGUCAUAUAUAUCCGCUCAAUGUCAUUGCAGAGCUGCCGUGCGAGAUGCCAACGUUUAGUGUCAAGACCAAUAUACCCACAGUUAUAUCCGCCAUCCGAGACAUAUUGAACGACUACCAAAAGCUAUUUGACGAAUUGGACAACUUGGAUGCCAACUCCUGGGUAUUAGACCCUGUGCGGCCUACUCGACGAGAUACACAGCGACGACUAGCACUUGGUCAUCACUGCACACUUCAUCUUGAGAUCAAACACACCAAAAACCCGUGUGAAGCACCUGACUUGCAGUUAUUUGGCGCCGAGUCACGCAUUGCAGUGUGGAAGGAGGCUAUAAACCGCAACAUGGCAGCAUGGGAUGGGUCCAAACCCUUGCUCGACAAUAUACUUCGAGUAUUAGAACUGCCAAAAUUGCCACAGAGGGACAAUUUUGGCGACAACUCGGCUGACGUUGAAUGUGGUAUCUGCUACGCCUACCACCUUAACACACCCGACACUAGUGCUACCACCAAGACGCCAGAAAAGGAACAAACGCCAUCUUUGAUUUGCAACAACGAGACAUGUGGUCGUGCAUUCCACCAUCGUUGUAUGUACGAAUGGUUACGAUCAGUGCCGACGACUCGGCAAAGUUUCGACGUUCUAUUCGGGUUUUGCCCAUAUUGUAACCAGGACAUCACCAGCAAAGUCAUAUUAUUGUAAACAGCCCCUUAGACAUAUAUACCCGCCAGGUUGCAGUACAUUUGUGCCCAGUUUGGGCAUGGUAAAUAAGAUACAGCUACUUGAAGCAGCAAAUAUUAAGCACUGUUUGAUUGUAACCAAUCUAGCCUGUAUAUACUUUGUGCUGCUGUGAUUAUUCUACUUAUUAUUGUGAAUAAACUGUAUGGCUCAGCAUUGUAUAAAAUGCUACUUUGACUCGAUAUUUAA